AUGGACCACUACAACAACAGCCUCAGCUCCAUUCUGGACAUUCAUGCCCCACUGAAGACCCGGACUGUCAACUUCACCCGCUCAGCUCCCUGGUACACCAACCAGCACAGGGCCAUGAAAAGGUCAGGCCGUGUCCUGGAGCGGGCCUAUACUACAUCUGGGCUGACGGUGCAUAAGUUGGCCUACUGGGAACAUCAGAAAUCCUACGCAAAAGCACUCUCAUCAGCAAGCCGUGUCAGAGCAGAGCGGAUGAGCCUGAUUAGGAGGCAGAAGGUGGUAUGUUGUCAGUGCUGGCGUCACAGCUCCCUCCCCUCCCUCCUCUCCAUCCCUCCCUCUCCUCCUCUCCUCAGCAGCACCAGUCGCUCGAGCCGCCUACUCCAGCACAGCUCCAGCACAGCUCCGGAGCAGCAUCCCCGUCCUUGCCCCUGA